UAGCUAGCAAAACAGGUAGUCAGCUUUUGCUCUCACAAUCAUUUUGAAGAGAAAAAGACCUGCGAGUGGUACUAAAAUGAAUAGACACCUUCAAUCACUGCUCCUACUGAGCAUCGCAUUCUCGUUCUCUUCCUUCGCCCUAGUUUCGGCCAAGGAGCGGAUCUACUAUGUGGGUAUCAUCGAGCGCGACUGGGACUACUCCCCAAACAAGAUGAAUGAAAUCACCGGAAAGAAUAUUACUGCGGGCAGUCCAGAAGCCCAGUAUGUCAUACAGGGCCCCGGCAGGAUCGGUAGCCUGUACAAGAAGGCCGUCUAUCGCGAGUACACCGACGACUCGUACACCACGUUGUCGGACCGUCCGGAGUGGAUGGGAUUCCUGGGACCGAUCAUCUAUGGAGAGGUCGGGGACACAAUCAAGAUACACGCCAAGAACAUGGCAUCCAGGGAGUUCAGCAUGCAUCCUCAUGGUGUCUUCUAUCUCAAAGAUUCUGAAGGUGCCGUGUACGAAGACAACACCAGAGGCAAGGACAAAGCAGACGAGCGCAUCGCACCAGGGGGCAGCCACACCUAUAUAUGGGAGGCGAACAAGAGGGCGGGGCCGGCAGAGGGAGGGCCCAACUGUGUCCCGUGGAUCUACCAUUCACACAUCGACGCCCCGUAUGGGACGAAUACAGGCGCUAUCGGUUUCAUGCUCAUUUGUAAGACAGGAAUUUUGAAUGAAAACAAUCGAAGGACCGAUGUGGCUGAGGACUUCAUCCUCAUGUUUACUGUGACCGAUGAGAAUAUGAGCUAUUAUAUCGAUGACAAUAUUGAAAGGUUUGCCGCAGAUUCAGACCCAGAGGAUGAGGAUUUCUUGGAGAGUAACAGGAUGGACAGCGUGAAUGGCUAUCUGUACGGAGCUCUGCCAGGAUUGGAGAUCUGUCAAUCAGAUAAGGUGGCCUGGCACAUCAUGGGCGUCGGAACGGAGAUCGACGUCCAUACGGUCAACUUCCAUGGCAACGUACUGGAGCUCCGCAACCACCGUGUGGAUACUCUCAGCUUGACUCCGGCUGUAAUAUCAUCAGCUGACAUGGUGGCUAUCAACCCCGGUACAUGGCUUGCUAAAUCUCAUGUCGUCACUCACCAAACUGCUGGUUCCCAGGUUCUCUACACGGUCAACUCUGACUGUGGUCCAGGAGCGGAUGAGGAACCCCUUGCAGGACAGACGAGGGACUACUUCAUAGGCAUCUCAGAGAGUGUGUGGCAUUAUGGCCCUGAUGAAAUAAACGGACUGGAUGGAAGAGAUUUGACUGAUCCCGAAAGCGAGUCAUUCCCCUUCUUCACCGACACCCCAAACCGCAUCCCCGGAACCUACCUGAAGGCCAGGUACGUCCAGUACUCCGACGGCGACUUCACGCCCGACAAACUGAUCGUGAGGACCGCAGAUGACCAUCACAUGGGUGUCCUAGGCCCGGUCAUUCGGGGCGAGGUCGGGGAUACCAUCCGGGUGACGUUCAAGAACACCGGGCGUGUCCCGCACAGCAUCCAUCCCAGAGGCGUGCUUUAUGAUAAAGCCAAUGAGGGUUCCAACUACGUGGACGGUACAGAUGAGGCUGAGCAGGCUGAUGGCUCCGUAGCCCCAAACGCCACCUUCACGUACACCUGGACUAUCCCCCAGUCCAUAGGACCAACGGAUCUGGACCCAGACUGUCUGACCAUGGUGUACACGUCAGGAACAGAUGAAACGAUGGACCUGUAUUCCGGUCUCGUCGGACCUAUGCUGAUCUGCAAGGAGGGGACUUUGGACGCUGAUGGAAACCGGAUUGGGGUUGACCGAGAGUUCUUCCUGCUCUUCCUGAUCUUCGAUGAGAAUCAGAGCUGGUAUCUUGAUCAGAACAUUGCAGACUUUGCUCCAGGUGCUAACCCAGAAGAUGAUGAUUUUGUCGCUUCUAAUCUCAUGACUAGCAUCAAUGGUUAUUCCUUUGCCAACCUGCCGGCCGUAGAGAUGACCGCAGGUGAGAAGGUCAGUUGGCAUGUCAUGGACCUGGGCAAGGACACUGACCAACACACUGCCUACUUCCACCAGCUGACCUUUGUGCUCGAAGGUCGUAGGGUCGAUGCCGUGCCCCUCUUCCCUGGUAUCGCCCAGACGAUCAUGACCGUCCCUGACAACCCAGGGACAUGGUUAAUUGAGUGUGAAACCAACACCCACUUUGCUCAGGGAAUGACGGCAGUCUACACAGUAAACCCGGGGGGCGUUUCUAAUUCGCCUGAGGUGACAGACAGUGGCACCGUCAGAACGCACUACAUCGCAGCGAUAGAAAUGGAGUGGGACUUCACGCCUCGCGUGUACGACCCCGUCCGGAGCCAGGCCUUGACCGAUGAGGAUAGUCCGGGCUUCGUCUUCGUCAAUCGUGGAAACACGAGCAUCGGCAGCAGGUACCGCAAAGCCAUCUAUAGGGAGUACGUAGAUGACAGUUUUAUCAUACAGGUGGAGCGCACCACGAACGAGGACAAAGCGCUCGGUAUCCUCGGUCCGGUCAUCCGCGUUGAAGUCGGCGACACGCUCCAGGUUGUCUUCAAGAAUCUAGCCACCAAGCCUUACAGCGUCCACCCUCAGAACCUUCUGUCUGAUAAAGACAAUGAGGGCGCUACAUAUGGUGACAGGUCCACGAGCGACAUGCCGGUCCUGCCGGGAGAGACAAAGACGUAUACUUGGACUGUCCCCGAGUCGCGAGCGCCGACCGAUAGCGAUGUGUCGUGUACGGCAUCUGUUUAUUAUUCCAGUAUACACAGAGGGAAGGACACCAACGCAGGUCUGGUUGGGCCACUUGUCAUCUGCAAGAAAGGCAACUUAGAUGCUGAUGGAAGGAGGAUGGAUGUUGAAAAAGAGUUCAACCUGUUCUUCUCAGUGACAGAUGAGAAUAAGAGUUGGUAUCUACAACAGAACAUUGAUCAUUACUGUUUGACACCAACGGCGGUGGAUGUCAGUGACGGGGACUUUCAAGAGAGCAACCUCAUGCAUGGAAUCAACGGCUUGCUGUUCAACAACCUCGACCACCUUGAGAUGGAGGUUGGAGAGCGUGUCGCAUGGAAUCUACUUGGUCUCGGAGACGAGGUGGAUCUUCACACGGUUCACUUCCAUGGACACACCUUCACCUACCAGACCGAGCAUACAAACAGAUUGGAUGUCUCAGAACUUUUCCCAGGAACUUUCCUCACCCUGGAGAACCCCGAUGACCCAGGCGUGUGGCUUCUUCAUUGCCAUGUCAACGAUCACAUGACUGCUGGCAUGGAGGCUUUCUAUUAUGUAAAUGAGGCUCCAGAAACUGCAGCUCCGACCACGGCAUCUAGUCCAAGCAUCAACCGGAAAAAUGCAGUCAACGUGGGACUGAUUCUCAUCAUCGGCUUAUUUUAUCAACUACUCUAAAAAUAACGCAAUAGGUCUGUUUUCAUCAGCUCGAGUUUACCAAAUAACCCGCUAUUUCCAGACUCGGGAUAUUAUCCCGAAGCUCGAAAUCGCAUUUUCACCAGACCAAUACGCUCAUCACAAAUUAGCUCAGACGAGCGCACAUUAGCUCACUACUUCCCAAAUAGCGGGAUAUUUUUUAAACAAGACCAAGCUUUCUUGGGAUAUAUUUUCUCGAUUAAAUAUCCCGCUGAUUGCAACUGGUUAAUUUGCGAUCGGGACAGUUAAAGUAGAGAGUUAUUUGGCAAACUGAAGCUGAUGAAAACAGGUCCAAUGAUUAAUCCAUCUUUUAAGGAAAAAAAAUGUCUUGCUACAUCUACUUUCUUUGUAGUUUUGUAAGGCAGGAGGUAUGUAUAUUAUACAUGUACGUAUGCUAUAAAGUAUAAAUAUGUAUUUAUUUACUUCAUUUUCAGGAAUCCCCCUGAUACACAUACAAGUAUAAAUAUAUCUGUAUCAAGAAAAGUGGUGGUGGUGGUUAUUUUACCUGACUGCUAAGAAAGCAUAAAAGUAGUUUACAUGCUGGCUCGUUCUGCAUUCAUUUCAGAUCUUUCAUUCUCUCAUGCAACUGACUUUGAAAUUAUUCCAUCUGUAAAUGAGAAAUAUACAUUCCUAAGAUUUUUAAGUUGGUGGUGGUUUAUUGCAGUAAUUUUGUUAUGAAAAUGUUUUAAUGCAUUUGAUGCAUGUUUUUUACUGAAGUUAAUGCAAGUAGUGAAUUGUUAAAUGUCCAUCUGUAUUAAAUACUAAAUGGAGCACACAUACAUGCAGCCGAUUGGAUGCUUAGGUUUAGCAGGGAGUUGGGAUUAGCCCACAGCGCCAACAAACCACUUGUUUGUUUAGUUUUUAAAAAAAGCUUCAAAAGCUUUCAAAUUUAUUUGCUUUUAUACAGGUUUCUUGAACUUUUGCAAGUAUGGUCGAUUAGUUAAACAAGUUUUUAAAUCAAAACGAUGUAUAAGUAUUUUGUAAUUCACAUUCCCUGAAUUUUUAGGCAUAUCGAAACGUGCAAAUAUAAAUAUCAGUAUUUUAAAAAUACAUGUACAUGCAUUUUAAUUUUUGUAAUAUUUGUAAUACAAUCAUGAUUUAGUCUAAUUCGUAUGAAACUAUAAGAUCACUUACUUUGUAUGCAUAUGCAUUCAGUUAACUUGUAGUUUGGUAAGUUCAAAUAUGUGCUUCAUUCAAGUGAUAUGUUUGUAUAUGAUUCUGCAGUAUAACUGCUCUGAAUGUUUUUGUAUGAUUUUUGUUUGUCAAGUAAAUGUA